AACUUGUAGUGCAACUGAAAACAUGCUCUUUCAGUAUCUUAUAACAUUGGAUUUUAUGGUUGUUUUAACCUUCGAAACGUCCAUUUGUUUAACUGACUGCACAUCCAUGGUCACAAACCGUUUUGGUGAGUUCCACGCUGCACGUUCCUCGCUCUCUCUGAUUCGCUUCCUAUUUUUGUAGCCUGUACAAUAUACGUUGGGUUCAGUUGCCUCCGACUUCUAUACUGUCGUAUUUGACACGUCUUACGUGUCAUUGCUUACCGACUAGUAUCCCAGGUUCCGCCCAACAAUUGGUGACCCCCUGUCAGGAACACGCCGCCCGCCAUUUUGCAUUUUCAUUCUGGUGAGCUCGUUCCAGUGAUUUUGUGAUUCAUUACUUGUGAUCAUAUUGUUUUCUCACCUACCACAUUUUUAUCUGCUUUUUGCAAUGGAUAAUCUAGAGGAUAAGCCGUCUCCAUGCGCGGUUAACGCCGUUCAGCCUGCCAUGGUCAAUUCGGUUGCAUUGGCCCCUCCCCCUUUUUGGGAGAAUGACCCUUUAUUAUGGUUUUUACAUUUAGAAUCCGUAUUUUAUAUUCGUAAGAUUUCUUCUGAUUUCGCCAUGUAUAACCAGCUAAUAUCUUGCCUUCCUUAUAGUAUAUCCUCGCAGGUGAGAGACAUCAUACUUUGCCCCCCUCUAGUAAUGAAAUACGAGACACUUAAACAGGCUAUUAUUCAGCGAAUCACGCCUUCUGACAAGGUCCGUCUGCAGCAACUAUUUAGUGAUCUGCAGCUAGGAGAUAGGAUGCCCUCAGCCUUGUUGCGCGAAAUGCAACAGCUCAUCGGCACGUCCAACAUGGACGUAGGGAUUCUCCGCGAGCUGUGGAUGCAACGCCUUCCUGAAAGCACACAGGCUAUCCUUGCAGUAGCAAGUGACUUGCCCAUCACAGCAAUUGCAGAUUUAGCAGACCGCGUCAUCGAACGGCACCAGCCAGAGACUGAAACCAAAGCACUUAAGCAGCUUUGCGCUGGCGCAACCACAACGACAGGCGCGACUAGCCCGCCGUCGGCAAUAGACGCAUUAUCAUUGCAGAUAGCGUCGCUUCAGCGCCAGAUCAAAGAACUCACCUUAAAACGUAAGCACUGCAACCGCUCCGGAUCAUCGCACCGUCGCACAAAACCUGAUGCCUCGGGUUACUGCUUUUACCACUCGCGUUUCGGUACUAAAGCUCGUAAGUGCGCGCAGCCUUGUAGCUACUCCGCUAUAGAUGAUCCGCCACGCCGGGCUGUAAUGGCCACGACCGUCGGCAAAGCUCAUAGUCGUCUCAUCUACAUUAGGGAUUAUGACUCCGGUACCCAGUUCUUAGUUGACACUGGGGCUGAAGUCAGCGUCAUUCCCCCUAUGCCAGGUGAGCCUACGACUUCUCUGUCGACAAGUCUCAGUGCCGCCAAUGGCACACCAAUAGCCACCUAUGGUCAUCGGUCACUUACCCUGGACCUAGGUCUUCGGCGUACGUUCCGCUGGGUAUUCACUGUCGCUGCAGUCCCCUUUGCCAUCAUCGGCAUUGACUUUCUCAGGCAUUUCGACCUCUUGGUCGAUGCGAAACGCCAGAUGAUAGUCGACACUGCAACAAAACUCAGCGUACGUGGCAUCACCGCCGAUGUGACAUCUAUAUCCCCGGUCUAUGCAUUUCCCCAGACCUCGUCAGCCUACGCUAAUCUCCUUUCUCAGUAUCCCAAGCUCGUUCAGCCAAUGAACGCAGCUUUGCCCGUGGCAGCUCAAGUCACGCACCACAUACGGACGAAUGGCCCACCUGUGUCAUGCCGUCCACGCCGACUAUCGCCUGAGAAACUAAAGGUAGCUAGGGCGGAGUUUGAGCACAUGCUUGAACUUGGAAUAAUCCGCCCUUCCGACAGCCCUUGGUCCUCGCCCCUGCAGAUGGUCCCCAAGAAAUCUGGUGACUGGCGCCCUUGCGGUGAUUACCGCGCACUCAAUCGCCUAACCGUCCCAGAUAGGUAUCCCAUCCCACACAUGCAGGACCUUACCGCAUGCCUCACAGGUAAGACGAUCUUCAGCAAGAUCGAUCUGGUUCGCGCCUAUCACCAGAUACCUGUGGAAGACAAUGACAUUCCUAAAACAGCCGUAAUCACUCCUUUCGGUUUGUUUGAAUUUUUAAGGAUGCCAUUUGGACUGUGCAACGCCGCACAAACCUUCCAACGCUUCAUCCACGAUGUCACUCGUGGCCUAGACUUCGCAUAUUCCUACCUCGAUGAUAUCUUAGUAGCCAGUUCAUCGGAACAAGAGCACCUCGAGCAUCUUCGAGCUCUCUUCCAGCGCUUGACCCAACACGGUGUCACAGUCAACCCGACUAAGUGCGAACUCGGCAAAUCAACGGUAGAAUUCCUAGGCCACCUCGUUUCAUCGUCUGGUAUCGAAGUCCUUCCUGAUAAGAUCCAGGCAAUCAAGGACUUCCCAGCUCCGACUUCCUUCAAGCACCUCCGUCGAUUUUGUGGUUUGGUCAACUACUAUCGACGCUUCAUUCCGCGCUGCGCUCAGCUCAUGCAGCCACUGACUGACCUACUCAGAGGAAAUGAACGUAAGUUCGCUUUCCCUGAAACAGCACAGGCAGCCUUCGCCGAGCUCAAGGAUGCUAUCUCCAACAUAGCCCUCCUCGCUCAUUCCGAAUCGACUGCACCUCUUUCUAUUACGACUGAUGCCUCAGACGUAGCAGUAGGAGCCGUCCUCCAACAACACGUUGGUGGGCGCUGGCAACCCCUUGGGUUCUUCUCCAAGCGCCUGCAGCCAGCGGAAUCCCGCUACAGCACGUUUGGCAGAGAACUGCUGGCCAUUUACCUAGCAAUACGUCACUUCCGGCACACACUUGAAGGCCGCGCUUUCACGGUCUACACUGACCACAAGCCCCUUAUCUUUGCCUUCAACUCUGCUAGCGACAAAUACUCACCACGGGAAACAAGACACCUAGACUUUGUCACGCAGUUCACUGCUGACAUACGUCAUGUCUCAGGUGUCGACAAUCCCGUCGCCGACGCUCUCUCACGCGUCAACCUCACUCUGCAGUCUUUGCCUACCGUCGACCUUGCCGCCAUGGCAUCGGCUCAGGCUCAAGACGAAGACAUACAGCGCACUCUGCAGUCCACUUCGCUGCAUGUGCAACCUGUUCCUCUCCAAACCACGGAAGGAACCAUCCUCUGUGACACGUCCACAGGUUGUCCUAGACCUCUCGUGCCCGUCUCCUUCAGACGCACAGUCUUCGACGCACUGCACUCACUGUCACAUCCCGGUAUCCGUGCAUCUUUGAAACUGGUCACCGAACGUUUCGUUUGGCCACGCGUAAACAAAGAUGUUCGUACCUGGGCUCGCGCCUGCCUUCACUGCCAGCGCAUGAGUUCACUACGCCCGACCCCGCCCCGUGAACAGACUAGAGAUGUGCAAAUGCACAGCGGACUCUCUACCUGCACUCACGUCUUCCUCCGCACCGACGCAGUGCGGCGCCCUCUCCAGCCUCCCUACACCGGCCCUUUCAGAGUUCUGCGACGGACUCCGAAACAUUUUACUAUAGACCAGAAUGGUCACCGAACAACGGUGUCCAUCGAUCGCCUCAAAGUGGCUUUCUUUGACGAGCCACUUGCAGCCCAUCCUGAUGCUCUCCCACAAGCACCCGCACCUGUGGUGACUUCCCGAGCACUGGAUAACCCGGAUCCCUCCGUACCCCUUGACGCGCAACCUAUCCCACCUCAACCCCAGGCAACCGACCGACGCGGUAGACAGGUCAAACGUCCGGUCCGUUUUUCUGAUUUUGUAAGCGUUUGCUAUUUCCAUUAACACGCCUUUUUCGUAUUUAAUGGUUAUCCUGCGUCUCACCCACAAACGUUUUGCAAAAUCGAUAAAAAAACUCAAAACAUUUUGAAAAACCUAAAAAGCGUAUUUGCUUUUAUCAUACAUGCCAUGUCCCCUCUCCGGCGUCAAGCCACUUCCCAGACCCUUGCCAACCCCCUCUGAGUUCUACCUUCCAGAAACUCAACCGCCGGAACUGCCCAGGCAACCCUCAAGUGACUCGCCAACCGGCUCAACGCAACCCUGGAGUGACUCGCCAAAAGUCCCACAGCCCCCUUCCUCACCCAAGGAACAGACAGUCGCCCUCGACCGCAGACACCCACGAACGGAUUGGUCCCCAAACGCCGCCUAGGCAUUGCCAACGAGGACGGCUGCAUUUCUUCGUGGGACGAGGAUGGCCGGAUUUCUCCGAGGGACGAGGAUGUCUGCAUUUCUUCGUGGGACGAGGACCGUGGACUAAAGUGCGGUGGGGGGAGUGACACCUCCCAAGCGCACCGUCGGGUCUGCAGCAAUGGGAAGGUCCUGUCGGCCUUUUUUCUGGACUAGCCAGUUUUUUUUGCAGUCCGACCAGCCCGCCCCGACGGCCCACCGAUGAUGCACUCUGGUCCACACGAUCGUCAUAAAUAAAACUAACAAAAGCCUGGACCCAGCGAAAUCUGCUACACCCCACUUUGGAAGCUAUUCUCAAGCCCCUGCAAACAUUUGCAUCCACCCUCACCUUCCGUUCCCCCCACUAACAGCUCCAUCGAAGGCUUCCAUCCUUCAGCCUUCUAGGGGGAGGCCCUUGUAGUGCAACUGAAAACAUGCUCUUUCAGUAUCUUAUAACAUUGGAUUUUAUGGUUGUUUUAACCUUCGAAACGUCCAUUUGUUUAACUGACUGCACAUCCAUGGUCACAAACCGUUUUGGUGAGUUCCACGCUGCACGUUCCUCGCUCUCUCUGAUUCGCUUCCUAUUUUUGUAGCCUGUACAAUAUACGUUGGGUUCAGUUGC